CGAUUAACCAACAAAACAAAUCAAUUCUAACGAGAUAAUGUCGUUUUCAAAGGCCAGAAUUCAGCGCUUCAACGAGCUUACAACAAGUGUAGCGCCGCCACCGGGUGCUUACGAUCCGAAAUUCGACAGCAAGGUACGCGCGCCGGUGCUGGAAAAGCCGACCGCGCGCUUCAAUCAGGAUGCCAAGAGUACGACUAGCAGCGGGGCCGAUUGCAAUGCAUCGGUAUCGAGUCGAGGUGGCACCACGAGCGGCAGCGCCCUCACCAGCGCCGCCAGUUCCGCCAAACAGUUUCGAACGCCUCAAGUUCCGAAGAGGCGCUUAGUCAACAAAACCAGUGGUAUGAGUUGUCCGCGAAUCAAGACCAAGCUCUACCAAGUGAACAACGAGAACAAGGAUCCACAGCAUCAGCAUCAGCAGCCGCAGCAGCAGCAACAGUCACAGCAACAGGUUCCGUACGAACCGCUGCAGGAACUAGCCGAUCUGAAGGUGGAAUGCGCCAACAAGGACAAAACUUUGCUCGAGUACGAGAAGCACAUGGAGGACAUGAAAGCCGAGUUGCAGGACGCCGGCGAAAAGUACGAGGUUUUGCUGAAAAAACACGCACAAGCCGAGGAACGGUAUCAAAAGGAUCUGGAAGCUAUGCAAAUUUACACGCAAUUACAGCAGCAGGCGAUGGAAGACAAAAACGACAAGUACCAAACAGAGGUGGAGGCUCUGCAAGCCGAGCUGACCAACAUUUUGAAGAAAAACGAGGACGCCAUGUACGAGAAAACGAUGCUCGAAGAGGAGCUGAGGAGAAAAAUUACGCUGCUCAUGUGCGAACUGGAAAAGUUGCAAGAGCAAGAAGAGAUGAUGGAGAAGAUGAAGAAGCUCGAAUUAGCCACUCAGCAACUGGACGAAAAAACCGAGGAGCUCAAUCAAGCUUUGAUCUUGAAGGACAAGACGGUGACGGAGCUUUUAGCGCUGCAGCACGAGACGGAUAACAAAUUGAAAGAGACCGAAGCAAAGUUGAGAGUAUCGGAGAGUCGAGUGUCGGAAUUGGAGGCGGACAUAAAAAAUUUCAACGACGACACGAACGCCCAGGUGCUGACGAUCAACACGCAGCUGCUCGACGACAUGACCAACGUGCUUCAGGAGUACUUCGAUUACGAGAACUACGACGGCAAGUGGAACAUCGAAAACAUGUCCUUCCACCCGGGCGUCGAGAGCUUUCUCAAGCGCAUCCGAAAGUUCGUGACCGAUCUGAAGGUGACGUACGAGCGCGAGAUCGAGCUGUCGCGCGACAACUUCAACGAGGAGCGAGAGAACCUCGAGCAGCAGUUGGAGGCCAAGCGCGACGCCAUCGUCGAGCUGCAGGCCAAACUCGCCGAGAUGGUCGAGACGAACGCCUUCCUCACCGAGGAGCUGCAGGACGUGCAGAAGCUCUACAAGGAUAUGAGCCGGACGCUGCACGAGGUCAAGGCCGAGCUCGAAUCCGCCAACGACAAGUACACCAAGGCAGUGGCUGCUCACAAGGCCGAGAUGGAGCUGACCUCGAAGAUACACACGGACGAGCAGAUGCAGCUCAAGGACUUGCUCGAGGAAGCUCGUAGCGAGUACCUCAAGGAGCUCGAUAACAUGACGACGGCCCGCAACGAAGAGCUCGCCGAGGUAAAGAAGGCCAUGGAGAAGCGCAUCGACGACGAGAAAAAGCGCAUGAAGGAGUGCGCCAACAAGAUGGUCGAGAACGCCGAGGCCGUGACGAGGGAGACCCUGAAAGCUUGCCGGGCCGAGAGCGAGGAGCGCGUGAGGCGCGUCAUCGCCGAGACCGACGCCAAGGUCAACGUGCUGGUGCGAGAGGCCAAGAGCAGCUCCGAGGACGAGUUGCGUCAGGCCACGGAGAAGUACAACGGCCAGCUGGACCGGCUCGAGAGCGAGAAGGCGGCCCUGAACGUGAAGCUCGCCCAGCGGGACAUCGAGGUGAUCCGACUGACGGCCGCCCUCGACGAGAUCAAGUGCACCGUCGAGACCCAGGAGAGCUUCAGCCAGAGCCUGCAGGCGGAGCUCGACCGGGCCGAGGCCGAGCUCGUCGAAAAGAAGAGCGAGCUGCGCAACCUCAAGGACCAGAUUCGCACCGAGUCGGCUGAGAUGGUGGCGCGCCGCAAGCGCUUCGAGGUCGUCAUGGCCGAGAACCAGCUGAGCGUCGCGGCGCUCACGCGACGCCUCGAGCAGAGCGAGGCCGAGGUCGAGCGCCUCCAGCGGGAACUCGUCGCCCGGGACGCCUCGCUCAUCGGCUACCGCGACCUCUUCGACACCAUCACCCUCAACUCCAAGCUGGUGCAGGAGCAGCUCGACUCCAUCACCGACAAGAUCGACGAGAAGGUCGAGCUCAUCAGCCAGAUGGAGGAGAAGAGCGCCUCGGACAUCAACGAGGCCAAGGCCAACUUUAACGCCAAAAUCGAGUACCUCAAGAGCACGGCGAUAGGCGAGCUGGCCAAAGUUCAGAAGGAAUGCAACUUCAAGUCCGAGCGCAAUGCAGAGCUGAGAGAGAGCCUGCGCGAAAUGUCCGACAGACUGAAAGAAGCCACCGACAUGCUGCUCAAAAUGGAACAACUUAGCGACGAGCAAUCCAUUCAAGUGUCGAGGCUGCAAUUGGAAAACGAGAAACUUUGCCAACAGCUGGACGAAAAGAAUCUUGCCAUCAAAGACAACAAGCUGGCUUUUCAACAGCAAGUGGAACAGCAUAAAAUCGAAAUCGAACAACUAAACGCCAAAUUGUCGACGUUGCAAGAAGAAAUCAAAUCGCUCCAAGACAAAAAGUACCAAAUCGAAGAGAAAAAGUACGACUUACAGGAGGCGAAAAUUCAAUUCCAGGAUGAAAUAGCGUCGUUGAGGCAAUUAUUAGAAAACGAAAAAGAUCAGCGAGAAAAACUAGAAAAACAAGUCAAAGAGUACGAGCAAUCUUGCGAACGGCUGACAGCCGAGUGCCAGCAAACGAGCGACAAGUAUAACGAGCUCGUGUCCAGCUGCAACAAUCGGCAAAAAACAAAGAACGUCUCGCAGCUGAAAGAAAAAAUAAGCCUUCAGCAGUUGGAUCUGCUACGUUUGCGUCAGGAGCUCGACACGAAGAACGAUCUUGUGGCCGAGCUAAGUCAGGCGAACGAUAAGCUGUGGCUCGGCGAGCUGCGUCAGCUUGGCCAAGGCAAGGAGAACAUGUCGCCGCAGCAGCACAAGUUGUUUCAGCAAAAAAAUGCAGCUAUCGCCGCGGUCACGGGCCAGGCCAACAACAACGGCACGACUCCAGUCUCGUCGCCGGCCCACAACCCCAAGCCGCUCACGCCUCUUCGGGAUCGCAAUGACUGAGCUUCGACGAUUUUUGAGCUGCUUCAUUAGAUAUUAUCUCUAUUAUAAUUGAUAAUGAUUUCGUUUGUCGCGCGACCGAAGGCCAGCGUAGAAAAGUUGCAUUAUAUAUCCGCGUCUCUCGCGGACCGGAAACAACGUCUUUUUUAUUUAUUGUUUUGUUAUGUAUAUAUUAUACACAUGCUUAUUAAUAUUAUAUUCUCUUAUAGUAAUAUACGUGUUAGAAUCUGCUUGGAUCCAUAUAAUUUUUUUUAAUAUUAUUAAACGUGCUCAUUUACGAUUGGAACAGUUCAUUGCGCCUCGCCAAAUUUGCAUUUUUUAUCAGGUGCUUUUAAAUUUGUUUGUUUAUUAUUAUUGAUCAUUCACGUUGGAAAUUGUUACGUCAAAAAUGUACUCGUCGAUACCAUACUAUUAUCUUAAUCGAUGGAUCUCGUUUUGAUGCACGCCGUUAUAUAUGUUCUUUGUCUUUUUUUGGAAGCAAACAUUUUUUUGUUGAAAUGAAAAAUUAUUUUUUUUAAUCGUUAUGUAACUGCAAAAAUGGCAUAGUAAUCAAUUUUAAAAUCCG